AUGGACCACUUCCGCCGUCUACUCGGCACCGUCGCCGCUCGAUUCGCCAACCGCCGCUAUGUAUUUGCCCUCGCUGCCGUCAGCGUCGGUGCUGCCAAGGCUGUCCACAUCGACGCUCAUCUCGACGCACUCUCCCCAGCCGACAUGUUCCAAUGGGGCCCGUCCUUCUUCUUCCAGGACAGCAUCCUCCUCAUGCUGAUCCGCGUCAUGCUGUUCGCACAGGGCCCCUGGGCUGCCGUCAUCGGCACGACGCUUUCCUCUAUUCUUGUUCUCGUCUGCCUCGCCCUCGCCUCCAUCAACAUAUCAUUCUUCGCCGUCGCCGGCAACGAGCUCCACUGGCGCAACGUUGCCCUCGCUGGCGACUCGUCCUCCUGGAGCACACUUCUCACCGGCCUGUUCUCUCUUGGUGUCACACUCAGCGCGAUCCUCCUUGCGAGCUGGCUCUUGCAGGAUGUCUGCUACAUCAUCGCCACCAUCGCCCUCGACGUCCUCAAGUUUCCCUUCGUCUUUGUGUACUCGCGAGUGACGGGCAACCGACGCCGCUCCUCCGCCGCCAACUACACCAACGUGCCCCAAAACGACGCCGAGGCCGGUCUCGAGCACCGCUACACUGACGACGAAAUGGAUAUGACGUCCGAGCCCAAGAUGUCGCAGCCUCCCCUACGCCGCAGCACCCUUUUUGGCCUGGCCCUCAAUCUGUGUGUCGGUCUGGGCCUGCUCGCCCAGACCAUCUCCUACGCAACUCGCCCCGACCAGACCUCUGUCACCUUCAUGUCCUGGACUUUGCCUCUGGUUCCCUUCAUGGACUUUGCUCACGCCGCACCUAACCUGGCCAAUCUGCUCACCUACCACGGCCAAGACUUCAACUACGACAAUUUGACUGCUCUCACCGAACCCAUUCCUCUCAGCUGGCUCCCCAAAGAUGUCAAGCUGCCCGGCUUCGAGGACUGGCACGACGAGAAGGAGCACUACAACGCCGAAGCCGACCCCAUCAAGAUCUCCAAUCUCAGGGAGCCUCUGCUUCAACCCCUGCGCGGCAUGCUCAAGGAUGUUCCCAUUCGCAAUGUCAUACUAGUCAAGCUCGAGAGCACCCGCAAGGAUGUGUUCCCCAUCAAGAAGGGCGGCUUAAUCUGGAACAAGCUUGAGAAAUCUUUCGAAAAUGGCACGCUGCCCGAAGCGGCCCAGGAGCGCCUGGCUACCCUGACCCCCAACGCCAACUACAUCACUGGCGACUACGAUGACGGCUUUGACCAUGAGGAGCGACCCCGCCGCGGCGGCAUCAACGCCAACAACUGCCACACCACUGGCACAUAUACCCUCAAGAGUCUGCCUGGCACCCUCUGCGGCAUCACUCCUCUGGUCGCCGACAUGAACCAAGAGUACUACAGUCACAUCUACCAGCCCUGCCUCGCCCAGAUUUUCGACGCCUUCAACGCUAUCGACCAUUCGUCCGACCGCAAAAAAGAUGGCUUCAAGGCGUACAAGUGGAAGUCCAUGUUCAUGCAGUCCGUCACUCACAGCUUCGACAAGCAGGACUUGCUUAUGCCUGCCAUGGGCUACACUCCUGAGCGCUUCGUGGACUCCGAGUAUCUCCGGUCCGACAAGGCCAAGUUUGGCAAGACGGACAUCGAAGACAUCAACUACUAUGGCAUGCCCGAAAAUGCCAUUGCAGAGUAUGUCAAGGACGCGUUUGCCUCGGCCAAGAAAAAUGACGAGCGCGUCUUCCUCACGCAUCUUACGUCCACCGCCCACCACCCCUUCGCGCUGCCCAAAGGCGAGCCCACUGUUAGCCUCAGCGAAGAGUCUGGCCUGUCGGACCUCUCUGGCUAUACCAAUGCCGUGGGCUUCGUUGACCGUUGGCUGGGCCAAAUUUUUGACAUUCUUGAAGAGACUGGCGCUGCCAACGAGACUCUCAUUGUCUACGUUGGUGACCACGGCUUGUCAAUUGCCGAAAACGCUGCCGUCACACCCUACUACCAGGCCAACGUCGGCAACUUUCACGUGCCCCUUGUGCUCUCGCACCCGGCCAUGCCGCCCGUCGAUGUCAACGACGUCGUCAACUCCAACAUGAUCCUGCCCACGAUCCUCGACUUGCUCAUCGAAACUGGCUCUCUGGGCGACACCGAUACCCACGCCGCUCGCGAUCUGGUCAAGAACUACGAAGGCCAGUCGUUGAUUCGUCCGCUGCACAGCCACGGCGACAUCCCCGAUGUAGGUGGCUGGCAGUUUACCGUCAUGAACCCCGGCCGCGCGACACUUUCUGUCCGGGACGCCCGCCACCCAGACUGGCGCGUCGUCAUCCCUAUCGUCUCGGAUAUCGAGUGGCGCUUCACCAACACCAAGGAUGACAAGCAUGAGGACACGCCCAUUGUCGACUUUGGCUAUCCGGAAUUCUUGAAAAAGAUUCAGGAGGCAUUUGGCGAAGAUACGGCCAUGUGGGUAGAGGAAGCGGCCUUUGUGUCCCGGUGGUGGGUGGACGACAAUGCUCGGCGCUGGCGCUACGUGUCGUCUUAA